GUUUCACUGCAUUUUUUCUACUUCUAUGUAUAUAAGUGUGGUAACCUGUACUUUAUGCAGAGUUCUACGCGGAUAAUUCAGUUAAUCGGUUAGCAGGCAUGUUUAUUGGUUUUCUGUUCCAAGAUAUAUAGUCAAUCAAAACUUGGAUUUACUGAGUGGCUUUUCAAUUUGCUGCACCACACAUCACACCCAUUGGGUGAUAAAAGGUUAUAAGAAAAAGACGUAAACAGCGAAGCAAUAAUGUCUCACAAAAACACGGAUUUUGUCAUAGCAAAAUUUGAUUAUAAAGCAUCAGAUGGUCACGAACUUGGUAUUCAAAAAGGUGAAAGAUUAACGCUCAUUGACGACAGUCAGCAUUGGUGGAAAGUGAUGAAUUCUUUCGGAAAUACAGGCUAUGUGCCCAGUAAUUAUGUUAAGCGCUCAAAACAGGGUAUAUUUUCAAGUUUACGAAAUACAUUGGGACGUCGAAAAAGUCGACAAGAAGGCACGACAAGUACUAGACAGUCAAAUCCUUCUUCACCUACGCCAGAUGGAAGCAAUGGUUUCGCGGCCUUCGAUUUAAGACAUGAAAGUGCUGAGUCUCUUGGUGCAAAAGCUCGCGAAACAUCUGGAUCUACAAGUAUGCUAAGCCCACCUAGCCAAGCUUUUGCAGAUAUGCGACUUCAUGAUGGAAUGCCUAAUACAUUUCCCACUUCUUUACAUAGUCAAACGUCUACUCAACUGGGUGAAAGGUUUCAAGACGCAAACAAAACAGUUGAUAAUGAAUCACUUAGCUGGCUCUCAAAAUCUGACGCUAAACAAGUUUAUCCUCAGCAUUCCAUUGGGAAUAUUUCCAUGCCUAAUUAUCAAAAUGGACAUGGCACUUUAAAUACAUCCUUAACACCAUUUCAACAAAGUAGCAUGAUAACAGGAAAUUUAGAUAAUGCAUCUUAUUUCGGUACUGGAACUGGUUUGGGUCGUCAAAUUUGUCAGGCACGUUUCAAUUAUCCAGCUUGUCAACCAGAUGAGUUAUCAAUUGAAAGGGGUGAUAAAAUACGUGUUUUAGAAAAAAGUUCAGAUGGUUGGUGGCGUGGAAUUUUGAUUACUGAAGGUAAACCACAACGAAUGGGAUGGUUCCCAUCAAACUAUGUAACAUUAGAUUUAUCGAAAAAUUUGAAUAGAUCUGGGAGUAGUUCACAACCGAGUAUUUUGAAUUCAAGUUCACUUAGUCGGGAUACUGCAAAUGAUUUAUCUUCAACAAAUAUUCCAAGUGCACAAGCUCAGUUACAGGCUCAAUAUUUAGCUCAUCAUUAUUAUGAACAACAACAACAACAACAAAAUCAACAACAUCAUCACAAACAGCAUUCCAUGAAUAUCAUUUCUAAUACAGAAAACCACCAGCCGCAACAACAGCAAUCGUCACAGUCGUUGUUGCUUAGCAGUGGUAAUAUUAAUAAUGAUGCUAUUAAUCAACCGUUUCAUAGAGGGCAACAACGUGAAACUGUUCUUACUCUUUAUCCGUUUGUACGUAAUCAAGUAGAGGAAUUAUCAUUUAGUGCAAAUGAAGUUUUAGAAGUCCUGGAUAAACCUCCCGAUGAUCCAGAUUGGUGGCGUUGUCGUAAUAAUCGUGGUGAAAUUGGUUUAGUCCCCCAGAAUUAUGUACGUGUACUAACAACGCCAUCGUUGGCUAUUGCAACUGGUGGAUCGAAAAAGCUAUUUAGUUCAGAUCAUAAAGCAUUAUCAUCAUCACCCUGUCAAACUGAUGUGAAUUUUAAUCAUUCUUCCUUACGAAAUGAUCAAUUAUUGCCAACGGCGAAUUCAAAUUAUCCAUAUACAAAUAAAUUACAAUGCACAGAUGGAGAAGCAUUAAGAUUAAGUUAUGCUACACAGUCGAGUACAGGUCGUUUAUAUGCAGAUCGCCCAUGGUGUUGGGGUACUAUUUCACGUGCUGAUUGUGAAGAAAUGCUGGGAAAAUAUUCUCUACCUGGGGAAUUUAUUGUUCGAGAUAGUGAAUCUCAUCCGGGUGAUUUGACUGUAACUAUAAAUGCUGGUAAUAAGGCAAGAAACUUCAAAGUACACGUUGAAAACGGUCAAUAUCAUAUUGGUCAGAAAGUAUUCGCCUGCAUUGAUGAUCUUAUUGAACAUUAUCGUACUCAUCCAAUAUUUAAAAAUGAUCAAGAACAACAUUAUCUUACACGUCCGUUUGUUCAUCCAGGCAGUACUACUUCAUCUUCUAAUACUGCUGGUGGUGGUGUUGGUGCUACCGCCUCUAUGAAUACUACUCCGACAAAAAGUAACGCUGUUAUAUCAUCGGUAGCGUCAACUUGCUUCUCUCCAAUCGGUGUUGGUGGCAGUAGCACUAAUAGUACUAGUGCUGGAACGUAUAAUCAGUCUAUUUCUGCUACACACAGUCGAUUCUCUUAACAAUAACAACAAAGAAAUGUUUUGUUUCUUUUUUGUUUAUUGUCCUAUAUAUAUUAUUUUUGCUUCGCUUUCUAUUAACCAAUUAUUUAUUUAUUUAUUUAAUUUUAUUGUUUAAUUUAAUAAGAAAAUGAUUGCGAACAAAGGAAUUCAUUAGGCAUCCAUACCCUCAAACACUCACACACAAACACACAUUACAGUAUGACAGUAAACAUAUUUGUAGUCUUUCGUAUAUUUAAGCUAAUUUUUACUCUUGUUUAUUUGGAGGGGUUGGGUGAGGAUAGCAUGGUGAUGAGAGUUGAGAAGUUCCUUGUGAAAUUUCGUUUCGGCGUCUGGUGGCAUGGUGAAAAGAGUGGUGCUCUUCAAAUUCGCACAUAUACCGACCCCCCCUCCAUCUUUUUUAUAUUUCACUUUAACCCUUUCCCUGCACCUCAGCUGAAACCUAUUAAAUAAAAGUAUUAUUACUAUAACUCCGGUGGCUAUUGGCUAGCUAAGCUAUUGUUAUUUACACUGUGUAUUUUAAAUGAAAUUAAUGCUGUUAGGAUUAUCACCUCUAGCAUGUUAAACAUCCAUUUCAUUCUUUCAUUGUUUAAGUAUUCAUUUCUCCAAGGAUGAAAGGGGAUAUUUUUAUGCUCUUUCUUUAUAGUUGAACAGAAGUACAUUCAUUCACCCACUCACUAACUCACACAAAUACAUACAUACAUAUAUACAUACUGGAUAAUACGAAAGCAAUUCAAUCAUCAUUUUUCUUAUUCAUAUAAACAUCGAAUAACUUUUGUAUAUUUUUUAUUUGUUUGUUCAUUCAGUCAGUUACUUUUACUGUUGAAAAUAAUAUCUCCGUUUCUGUGACAAGUUUUAGUUUUUAUUUUGUUUCUUCUCAUAAUUUAUCUUCCAUAAUGAUAUAUAUAUAUAUAUAUAUAUAUAUUAACACUUAUUAUCGUCGGUGGCACUGUUGCUACCGUUCUGAUCUAUUCAGUGUUAUAGUGGCAGUGAUGGGAGUCGUCGUUGUCGUAGUAGUAGUACUAGUGAUAGUGAUAGUAAUUAGUGGCGCUAGUGGUAAACGUAUUUUAAACAAACUAUGUGUAUUUUUAAGUUUUUCCUUUCUUCAAGUUUUGCGCAGAAUUUUAUGAAGUAUGUUUUAUAAAUGUUGUUAUUAGUAACUGAUUUUUAUUCAAUGUUUUUUUUGUAAAGAUUUCUUAAUAUUUAUUUUCUGUUUACUCCCUUUUAUUAUCUACAUAUUCGAAGUGUGUGUUUUUUGUACAAGUUAUAUUGUUUACGUGUUCGUUCUCUUGUGCGUGUGUGGCAUGAUAUGACUUUGUUUGUCAGUCGAAUAUAUUAUAAAUCAGCUUUAAGUAGUAUUAUAAGUUGUUGUCCUUUUUCGUAACUUUCUUCCUUUCAUUUCUUGUUUUGUUCAAAAUAAGUGUAUUCACUUUUAAAUUAUCAUUAUUAUUAUUAUUUGUCAUUUCGAUAGAAUAUAUCAUUCUUUUUCACUAUUAUCUAACGACUUGUUCCAAUGUCUGAUCACUCACUGGGCUGACUAACAGUUGAUUGUGCAAAUACACAACACACACCGACAUAUACAUGCGUGCAGAACUUGACUCGUCGAUGAUAUGGCUAGAAAUUCACUGUGGAGUGUAAUUUUUCUGAUUUCUCUCCCUCUUUCUCACCUUUAUUCAUUGACAUUUCUCAAAAACUAAAAAAGUCACUGUAAUCGUGCCUUUUCUUAGUGGUUGUUUCUUUUUUUUUUCGUUGUGUGUGUGUGUGCUGAUUUCAGCUCUUUCUAUUACAGAGAAACCUCUUUCUUCAUUUGUGUAUAUGUUUGUGUGUGUGUGUGUUUUCACACCUGUCUUCGGUCAAUAUUCUCGACGUCUUUCUUGGACGAUCUAAUGAGGAUUCAAGGGAAAAUGCGAAGCUUAUUCCUUGCAUAUGUUGACACGUCUAUGUAUAGUAAUCUUCGUUGCGCUGCAUAACAUCGCCUGAAUUCUUCUUUGUUUUAUUAAACCUUCCAUUGGAUAAUUACUGUACUUCUUUUUAUGUGUUUUAGGCGCAUUAUCAGUUUUACCACUACCACUAAUAAUAGUAAUCAUAAUAAUAUUAAUGCAAUAAAUGAAACUUGUUAACUUAAUCACUUUUACUAUUUAUUACCGAUAUAUUUACUACUACUACUAUUCAUGAUAUUAUUAUUAUUAUGAUUAUUACUACUACCCUAUUCAAAGAAGAAAAUCUUUUGCUUCCAGUGCUUUUUUUAGUUAUUUCCUGAAAAAUUAUCACGCACUUUUUGUCUGUUGUCAGGCUGUGAAUUGUUGGUGCACAGACAUUAUUAUGGUUAUUUAGAAGACUAAGGGUCACCAUCGAGGUAGUUUCUGUUUAUCUCCAAAAUUGUUAUCCUCUGUUCUUGUAUACAACAGGUGAAGUCUUUCUUUUCCUAUUUGUCUGAAUACAUCGUUCAAUAUUGAGGAAAGAUGAUAUAGGUG